CUGGGGUUGAGAGUCUGCCGCGUGAGAACGGCCUUUCCUCUAUGGUCAAGGGAGCCGGCACGGCCCGCCCACAGACCUGGGUUAUUUCCGGAAGCGAAGCCUGCAGCUUUCUGCUUCCGCAGGGCUCCUAGCGGGUCCCGGGACUACUGGCGAGACUUAUGAUGCAUUAUAGCGAUGUCCUGAUUCUGAAAGUUUCUAUAUGUGUGGAUCCCAGAAUUUACUGAGAGAUGGAGGAGCCUCAGAAAAAUGACCUGAACAUAACAGGGCAGGAGGAAGAAAGUCCUGUCAGAAGCACCGGCCCUCAGAUUUCUGUUAGUGAGUUUUCCUGCCCUUGCUGUUACGACACCCUGGUUAACCCCACCACCUUGAACUGUGGCCACAGCUUCUGCCGGCACUGCCUAGCUUUAUGGUGGAUGUCUUCAAAGAAGACAGAGUGUCCAGAAUGCAGAGAAAAAUGGGAAGGUUUCCCCAAAGUCAACAUUCUCCUCAGGGAUGCCAUUGAAAAGUUAUUUCCUGAUGCCAUUAGAAUGCGAAUUGAAGACAUUAAGCAGAAUAAUGACAUAGUUCAAAGUCUUGCAGCCUUUCAAAAAUACGGGAGUGAUCAGAGUCCUGUAACUGCCAGCACAGGGCGAGUGAAUCAGCAGAGAGGAGGGGGAUUCUUCUCCGGAGUACUCACUGCUUUGACUGGUGUGGCAGUCGUCCUGCUUGUGUAUCACUGGCGCAGCAGAGAGUCUGAGCAUGGCCUCCUGGUGCACAAGGCUGUAGCCAAAUGGACAGCAGAAGAAGUUGUCCUCUGGUUAGAACAGCUGGGCCCUUGGGCCUCUCUUUACAGAGAAAGAUUCUUAUCUGAAAGAGUAAAUGGAAGGUUGCUUUUAACUUUGACAGAGGAAGAAUUUUCCAGAGCACCUUACGCCAUAGAAAACAGUAGCCACAGGAGAGCCGUCCUCCUGGAGCUGGAGCGCGUAAGAACCCUGGGCGUGAAGCCACCCCAGAAUCUCUGGGAGUACAAGGCUGUGAACCCAGGCAGGUCUCUCUUCUUGCUAUAUGCCCUCAAGAGCUCCCCAAGGCUUGGCUUGCUGUACCUGUACCUGUUUGACUACACAGACUCCUUCUUACCCUUCAUCCAUACCAUCUGCCCCUUGAAAGAAGACAACUCUGGGGAAGACAUCCUCACCAAGCUUCUGGACCUGAGGGAGCCCACGUGGAGGCAAUGGCGAGAAUUCCUUGUCAAGUACUCCUUCCUGCCGUACCAGCUGAUUGCAGAGUUUGCCUGGGACUGGCUGGAGGUUCACUACUGGACAUCACGCUUCCUUAUCGUCAACGCCAUGCUGCUGUCUGUUCUGGAGUUGUUCUCUUUUUGGAAGAUCUGGUCCAGAAGUGAGCUGAAGACUGUGCCCCAAAGGAUGUGGAGCCAUUUCUGGAAAGUGUCUACGCAGGGGCUCUUCAUGGUCAUGUUCUGGCCUCUCAUUCCACAGUUUGUCUGCAGCUGUCUGUUUUACUGGGCUCUCUACUUCAGCCCGAUUAUUAACAUUGACCUGGUGGUCAAGGAAGUCCGGCGGCUGGAAACCCAAGUGUUAUGACCAGCAGCAAGGUCCAGGAGAACCUGUGAGUCUCCCUGAUGUCCAAGCUAUGACAGUCAAAGAAGCAGGGGCUUCAUUUCUACCAUGGUAAAGCAAGGUGCUGCUUCUGUGUGUCAAGGCUUCAGCCAGGUCCCUUCUUCCUCUGUCUCCUGCACCUUGGCAGCUGACUACUACCCAGGUCAGGUGAGAUUCUGCGGCCAACAGCCAGCCACUCUUCUUACAGGGACUUGGGAGGCCCGGACUACUAUGGCUAUCAGGAAUGAUGGUCUUGGACCCAAUGUGGAGUGACAUGUCAGAAGACCACCACAGGCUGGACGAGGUGGCGCACGCCUUUAUCCCAGCACUUGCGGGGCAGAGGCAGAUGGAUCUCUGAGUUCAAGGCUAGAGUGGUCUACAGAAUGAUUUCCGGAACUGCCAGGGCUACAACGAAACCCUAUUUUGAAAACAACAACAACAACAGCAACAAAAAGAAGAAGGCCACCAUGGUCUACUAGCCUUAACCUCAUGGACUGACAAGCUCCCCAAACCAGGCCUGUUGGGGCCAAGUUUAGGAAAACAAGGAUAGGAUUUGGUCAUAAGCAUAGUUACAUAUACAAAAUACAAAGGAAAACCCAGAAUU